AUGGAUUCACAGGCAGAAGUUAAGAGUGAAAACAAAUGCAAUGGAGAUGUUAAUAUCGAUGCAAAGUUGCUUGGUCUAGCUCUGGAACAAACUCCUUUACCCCUUGCAACCUCCCACCAGCCACCACUCAUCAUGGUUCCUCUCAUCAUGCGCCUUCACCAUCACUCAAGUCCUUGCCCUAAUCUCCGCCUCGAAUUCAACAAUAAAACUGUCCACACCGACGAUGCCCACAUCGCUGAGGCCAUUAAAGACGCCACCAAUGAGAUUGCUGGUGCUGGAAAAGGGAUCUCAAACACUCCAUUAACUCUAAUCGUUGAGAAAAUGGGGGUUCCAGAUCUUACAAUGAUCGAUCUCCCGGGAUCACAAGGGUCUCUGUUCAUGGCCAACCCCAAGAUAUCUACGAGCAAAUAUCUGCAAUUAUAA